GGGCACACCAGUUUCGAUGACUCAUUUAAUGAAGAAGAUAACUUCAACCAAUCUAAUGACGUCUCGGCUGCAUUGAUCAAUUUAUGCGAUGGUGAUAAAGUCGACUCAUGUGAUAAAAUGCAACGUCCGUCGCGGAAUAAAUAUGAUUUCAAUACCAAACUUCAUCAUCUUCACCAUUCUUCUCAUCAACAUCCCACUUCCAAACGUAUUCCCACCAGUUUUCCUGCUAGUCACUCUGUGACAGGGUGCGUUGACGGUCACGGUGAUCACGAUCAGACACAGUGCAAGGAUGAAGGUAACUCUGAGGGCUCUAUGAAUCGGGAUUGCGUUCUCCCGAAUCAGAUAGGCUGCACAUUUGAAAACCAGCUGAUUGAGCAGAUUCACUUGCCUUGGUCGGGUGGCGUAUCAGUCCGUCGGCUGGUAUGGCUGCCAAAUUGUGCUGACUACCGUGCAGAUGAGAAAAUGAUAUACGACGGGGUAGGAUAA